AUGAAUAUAGAAGAAUUACGCGUUUUUUAUCAAAGACUUUUUCCAUACAAGCCAUUUUUUCAUUGGUUAAAUUACGAAACAGAUGUUGGGAAAUCAUUUCAUAAUCGCGAAUUUAGUUUUACAUUAAAUACAGAUGUGUAUUUAAGAUAUUAUUCAUAUAAUAACAUUGAGGAAUUAAAAACUGAUAUUUUAAACAAAUGUCCUAAAAAAAUUGAUAUUGGAGCAAUUUAUACUGCAAGACCAAUAGAUAAAAAAUCUCUUAAACCAUCACUAUUUCAACCAAUUGAAAAAGAAUUAGUAUUUGAUAUUGAUAUGACGGAUUAUGAUGAUAUUAGAACAUGUUGCAGUGGUGGUGAAAUUUGCUUAAAAUGUUGGAGAUUUAUAACAAUUGCAAUCAAGAUAAUUGAUGAUUUCGGGUUCAGACAUUUAUUGUGGGUAUAUUCAGGUAGACGUGGUGCUCAUUGUUGGGUCUGUGAUGAAUCAGCCAGGAAAUUAAAAAACAAUGAGAGAAAAGCUAUUGUAUCUUAUUUGGAAGUUAUUAAGUAUGAAAAAAAAUGUGAAAAUGAAAUAAUUCUUCAAUAUGCAUACCCAAGACUUGAUGAGGCGGUAUCGAUAAAUAUUAAUCAUUUGUUGAAAAGUAGAGUAUGUGUUCCAAUUCCAUUAGAAACUUGUGAUGAUUUUAAUCCAUUAGAUGUUCCAACAGUCUCAAUGUUGAUUCAAGAAAUGGAUCAAUUACGUCCAGAAGAUGGAGGAGGAAAAACUCGUAAUGAUUAUGAAAAAACUUCAUUGAAACCUCACGUAAAAUAUUUUGAAAAUUUUGUUCAAAAUAUCCUGAAAGAAAACAGAGCUAAAAGAAGAGCUGAAAAACAAGCAGAAAUGGAAUUUUAA